AUCUUUGCAUCUUGCUUUGUCGUUAUCGUUUGAUUUACACCCACCUUAAUAUUACGCCUGCGGCUCACCAUUAAGGUCUCCCAUAUUGCCGUUAAUUGAUCUUAUUCCUUCGUACGAUACUCAGAUGAGCACAGGCUGGCCGAAACUCAACAGUCGUACCGGACUUUAAUUUGUCACAAUGCCAGGGACGGUUGCAGAUGGGCCAACGGUGGCUAUGUCGUUUGCCAAUAAUUUUUGGGGGAAAGAUGAUGCCGGUGUCGGGCCUAUGAUGGAUCGGAUGCACAAUGCGAAGACGUCUUGCGACGAAUUGAAGACGUUCUAUAACAUUCGAGCCGCGAUCGAAGAUGAAUAUGCACGAAAGCUUCUGGCCCUCUGCCGCAAACCGCUUGGAUCGACUGAAAUCGGCUCACUGCGUUCUUCGUUUGACACGGUCCGCGGUGAAACCGAAGCUAUUGCGAAAGCCCACGCAGCAAUUUCUACACAGAUGAAGAGAGAGCUGGAGGAGCCACUGAUCGCUUUUGCGGGAGGAUCUAAAGAGCGUAGAAAGAUCAUUCAGAAUGGUAUCGAACGCCUUCUUAAAACUAAAAUCCAGCAAACCCAUGUCGUCAACAAGACAAGAGAUCGUUACGAACAGGAUUGUUUGCGAAUCAAAGGAUAUCUCGCGCAGGGUCACAUGGUUAUGGGUCAGGAAGAGCGCAAAAACAAAGCCAAGCUUGAGAAGACGCAGAUUCAAUUAGCAUCCAGCAGCAGCGAGUACGAAGCCGCAAUUAAGAUACUAGAAGAGACAACUGGCCGUUGGAACAAGGAGUGGAAAUCUGCCUGCGAUAAAUUUCAAGACCUGGAGGAAGAGAGGCUCGAUUUCACCAAAAGCAGUCUUUGGACAUACGCAAACAUUGCUUCUACUGUUUGCGUCAGUGAUGAUGCUUCGUGCGAGAAAAUCCGUCUUUCUUUGGAAGACUGUGAGGUGGAGAAAGACAUAAUCAACUUUAUCAAAGAAAGAGGAACUGGGCAGGACAUACCAGAUCCACCAAGAUUCAUCAAUUUCUGCCGGGGUGGAAUCGAUGAUACUAGCUCCGAAGCAUCAGAGGAAGAAGGCUACUCAGUAGCCCAGUUCCAACGCACGAUCAACCCUGCCUACCGCAGUUCAUCCCCGCAGCCUUCAGCCUACGACGCCAGUAUGGAUCCAGAUGCUGAGAUCGCAGCCAAGAUUAAUAGGCCUCCGACUCCUACAAGCAGGGAAGCUACCGUGACUCCACAGAAGCCAGCACCGCAAGCAAGACAGCAAGCACAUCCUCAGCCCAUCCAGCAGCCCAUUCAGCCGCCAAUCCAGCAGCCCAUCCAGCAGCCCAUUCAGCAGCCGGUGCCGGUGCAACCGGUGCAGCCAAUGCAGCCUCCACCUAUGCAACAACCGGCUCCGUUGGAUCUUCGCCGUGGUGGGUACUUACCGCCCAAUUAUGAUCCUAAUGAGCAUGGCGAGAUCGGCACUGUACCUCAUAACGCCUAUCCUACGGAUGGCAUGACGAUGUUCUGCCGGACGGGGCCUCCCUCUGAACGCAGCUCAGGGACAAACAGCGCAUAUAGACCGUCGAGUCGUGAUUCUCAGAGUGAGGUGUCAAAUCCGACUUCGAUGUCAAGCCAAGAACCUUCGAGCGCAAGACAAUCUCCGACCAAACCGACCAAUGGCGUCGCACUUCCUGGCAUGGAUAAGCAGGUUCAAAAGAAGCGAAGCGCGUUCUUUAGUAAUAGUCCUUUCCGUCGCAAGAGCCGGCACGAUAAAGACCGCCAUUCGGGCCCAGCUCAGGCUCCCUCUCGCAAUUCAUACGAGCCUCCAGCAAAGCAGGCAAGCCCAAUCAAAGCUCCUCAGCCUCAACAACCUAUAUCCAUCCUAGACUCGGGCAGGGUGUCUGGUAGCCCCGAGCCCGUUGAUCCAAGAGCUAAUUUCCAGCUCAAUGUGGGCAACAACGUGUUCGAUGUGGAGUCUCCAGACAAGGAUGCUAAGAAGACAGUACAGGCGAGCAAGAAAGCAGAGGAGGAGCAAGACCCUGUUGCCCGAGCCUUAGCAGAUUUGAAAGGCGCAGGAAAGCAGUCAGCGUCUCGAGUCUCAGCCGAUAGAUAUCACGGUAUCGCUACGCCGGUUCCGCCGCCGGUCGCAGCACCAACGGCCACCCCCGGCUCUGUCGCAACACCUCCUCCAGCUUAUAAUGAUUCUUCAUUGAAGCGUCUAGAUGCACCGCAGCCCGCUUUUACUGCAGCCCAGAUGCAAAAGACGACUCAGAGGUAUACUGGACAGACCCAGAGUAUGCUUAGAGGCACGAGCCAGGCUCCGAGGCGUGACAGUGGCCAAACACAGGACGCUCCCCGUGCUAAAUCUCCGGCGCCCAGGCGAAGCGCCAGCCCUCAGGUCAAUCCUCCCCGCGUGGAAACGCGCAUGGGCCAGUAUAGUCGAGCAGCAAGCCCGAGCCCGAGCUCGUACCAGUCAAAUAGCAUGAAGAACCGAUAUGCGCAGUCUCCUACCGUUUCCACACCUCCUCAACGCCCUGUUGAUGCUACACCCCGCUCUCGGCGCGGCUCUGUAGCCACAAGUAUGCCGCGAGCAGUGUCUCCCCAGCCUCAGUAUCGUCAAUCUCCCACGGCGGCCGCUUCGCGAGCUGUUUCACCCCAGCCACAGUUUCGACAACCCCCACGAGCUGUGUCACCUCAGCCUCAGUUCAGACAGCAGGCUCGUCCUUCCAGUGCUGGAGGUAUGGAACUACAGCUGUCCAGCCCCUCUGACAUGUACGCUGGUAGCAAUGAUGGCUAUGCGUCCCGGCGCGACAGCGGCAGACCCAUGUCAUAUUAUGGUGACAACGCCAGCGUACGCAGCCGGUCGAGAAGUAGGUCAAUGGCUGUCGCCGAUCCUGGCAGACAGUUCAGUCGUGAUGGUAGACCAAUCUUACAUUUCGCUCGAGCAAUGUACAGUUACACGGCCGCUAUCCCUGAGGAACUAGGCUUCAGCAAAGGCGACGUGCUUUCCGUCAUCCGGCUGCAAGAUGAUGGCUGGUGGGAAGCCGAAAUCACAACCACUCGAAGCCGAACCGGAUUGGUGCCGAGCAACUAUCUACAGAUCAUCUAAAAUCAGCAAUCUUCUGGAUUUAUGCAAUGACCCAUACCCCUGUUAUUUCAUGAGCAUUUCAAUACACCUACAAGCCGACAGUGACCUCUAUCCUAAUUGACGCGUUCAUGAUAUUGAUACCAGAUUGUGCCUAAUUUCUUUUCUUUGUCCUUCUGGUUCUACUUCUUCCAGCACGUUUGCCUUCCAAGCCAUGUAAUCACUCUUUUACCUACUUUUGCUGCC